AUGGUCUACACACUCGUCGUUCACCUCUACGCCAAGGAGGACCAAGAGUCCAUCAACAAGUUGAUCGCCAAGCUGCAAGAAGCUUCUCAGGUCUACACUAACGACAAGGAAUGUCUGGGCUGGUUCGUCAUGCAAGAUACCAAGGACCCUCGCGCCUUCACCAUCGUCGAGCGUUAUGCGCAUGAGAGCAGUCAAAAAUACCACCUCGAAAACCCUUACUGGCAGACUUUUGACAAAUACGUUAUCCCCUUGCUCGCCAAGGACAUGGAUCUGCGCCGCUUGAAUGAACUUGUCGACGACAAGUCCGAGGAAGUCAGAGUCGAGCAGGAUCCCAAGCUUUGGGAGGAGGUCAAGAAGCAUCAGACUUACUAA